GCAUGCUUGGUCUUGGUAGGAGAGUAUUCUUUGUAUUUCUCUGGCUCCUGUCACACUCACAAUCUUUAGCAUAUUUAUCAUUGUAGCACCUGUGUAAGGCAGGGCUGUGCUAUUUUCUCUUUGUACAGAUGGUGAACAGGAGCCCCAAGAGACUUAGUGACUUGCUUGAAAUGUCACAGUGGCAGAGCAGGGAAAUUGAUCCCAAACUGGACCCCGUAACCGCUGGACUUCCCUCCUUCCCCUCAUGCUGUCUGGGGAGGUGUGCUUGAAAUGGGAUGUUUAUCUGUGGGGUGGCAUUCUUUGUAAGGAGGGGUCCCUGGAGGACUGUCCUCCGGAUGAGGAUGAAGAUGCUUUUCAGACCCUGGGUGAGGAGGAUGAAGAUAUCGACCAGUUCAAUGAUGACACGUUUGGAGCUGGUGCUAUUGAUGAUGACUGGCAGGAGGCACAUGAGCGGCUUGCAGAACUGGAAGACAAGCCUGCAACAGCUAGAGAGCUGGAGGAUGGGACCGUCAGUGAUGAGAUGGAUCUGCUGGGCCACCAUGAGGAGAACCUGGCCGAGAGGCUGAGCAAGCUGGUUAUUGACAACGAGCUGGAAGAUCCAGCCAUCAUGCAGGCUGUACAAACCCAGCCCUCCAUGCUGCAGCCUGGAGGCCUCAACUCUAGCAUCUGGGAUGGAUCCGCAGUUCUCAGGCGCAUCCGAGGACCACUUCUCACUCAGGAGAUGCCCGCGGUGUCCGUGCUGGAAUAUGCUCUGCCUCAGAAACCCUCGCAGACCCAGGAGGAUGAACGGGAUCUCUCAGAGAGGGCACUGCCCAGACGCUCGUCCUCCCCAGUCAUUGGGAGCCCCCCGGUCCGGGCUGUCCCCAUCGGCACGCCACCGAAGCAGGGUGCCAUGGCCAACUUCAAUCAGCAGAUCCUGUGUCCGAAGCCUGUUCAUAUCAGGGCCCCGAUGCAGCAGCGUUAUCCUGCCCCCUACGGCGAGAGGAUGUCCCCAAACCAGCUCUGCAAUGUCCCGAAUUCCUCCCUCCUGGGCCACCCGUUUCCUCCCAGCGUCACUCCUGUUUUCACUCACCUUCAGAGAGCGCAGCUUCUAGGAGGAGCACAGGCUGGACGCAUGUCUCCCAGCCAGUUUGCUCGUGUCUCUGGGCUCGUUGGCAGCCCCCUCGCAUCCAUGAACCCCAAGUUGCUUCAAGGCAGAGUUGGGCAGAUGGUGUCUCCAGCCAGUGGGUUCCGUGCCUUUUUUGGGGGGCCCCCGCCUUCUGCACCAACCCCAUCCCAGCAGCAGCACCCGCCAUGUCCUGGGUCCCACUUGCAGAACUUAAGGCCUCAUUCGCAGAUGUUCAGACCAGAUACAACUCACCUUCACCCUCAGCAUCGGCGGCUCUUACAUCAGAGACAGCAGCAGAACAGGAACCAGCACCGGAGUCUGAAUGGCUGGGGGGGGGACCGAGGGGGCCACCGGACCUGCCAUCAGGAGCAGUUGCGGAAAGACCCCUACGCCAAUCUCAUGUUGCAGCGGGAAAAGGACUGGGUGUCAAAGAUCCAGAUGAUGCAGUUACAAAGCACUGACCCUUACCUGGAUGACUUCUACUAUCAGAAUUACUUCCAGAAGCUGGAGAAAGUGUCUGCGGCGGAGGAGAUGCAUGGCGAUGGCCCGAAGAAAGAACGUACUAAACUCAUCACGCCCCAAGUGGCCAAGUUAGAGCAUGCCUACAAGCCAGUGCAGUUUGAGGGGUCGCUGGGGAAGCUCACAGUCUCCAGUGUCAAUAACCCCCGAAAAAUGAUUGACGCGGUGGUGACCUCCCGGAGCGAAGACGAUGAGACGACGGAGAAGCAGGUUCGGGACAAGAGACGACAGACCCUUGUCACCAUUGAGAAGACGUACAGCCUCCUCCUGGACGUGGAGGACUACGAGAGGCGCUACCUGCUGAGCCUGGAAGGGCAGCGGCCAACCCUGAUGGAGGAGCGGAAGCAGAAGAUCUGUGACAUGUAUGACAAUCUGAGGGGGAAAAUGCCUGGCCAAGAGAGGCUGAGUGAUGACCACUUCGUGCAAAUCAUGUGUAUCCGGAAAGGAAAGCGUAUGGUUGCCCGGAUCCUGCCCUUCCUGUCUCCAGAGCAGGCGACCGACAUACUCAUGGCAACAGCCAGAAACCUGCCCUUCCUGAUCAAGAAGGAUGCUCAGGAUGAGGUGCUGCCGUGCUUACUGAGGCCCUUCUCUCUCGUUCUCUAUCAUCUUCCAUCGGAGACGGUCACCAGCCUUCUGCAGCAGCUAGCGAACCUACCUCAAAGCGCCACGGUGCCAGCGCCUGCCAACCUGCACCUCGCAGCUGUGCUCCAGAACAAGUUUGGCCUGUCCCUGCUGUACUUGGUCCUGAGUCGUGGGGAGGAAUUGCAGAGUUCCCAUGAUGCUACUGAGCUAAUGCAGGAUAACCAGUGGACGGAGUUGAUGUUCACGGCGACCCGAGAGCUUCUGCGGAUCCCACAAGCAGCAUUGGCAAAGCCGGUGUCCACCCCCUCGAACCUUUUGUCCCUUUUUUCUCGCUACGUUGAUCAGCAGAAGCUGAAUGUGCUGGAGACAAAGUUGCAGUUAGUGCAGGGAAUACGGUAGGAGAUCUCAGCGAGUCCUCGAUGGGAGCUGCCAUCCUUGCCGCCGCCGCCGCCACCACCACCACCACCAGAGGACAGCAGUGGAGGAGGGGAGGCAGUUGCUCUGCUGAAGCAAAGCCUUGUGGGAUUUUUCUCUCGGAUACCUGGCACGGGAGGCCUUUCUUUUGCUCUGUGAACUUGGCUGGGUGUGUGUUUGGUUUCUCCUCUCACCCUUCGCUGCUAAGUUGCAAUUCAAUAUGUCCUUGCUGCAUUCCCAUUUUCCCGCUGCAUCGUCACAACAGCUGCUGCUUUUUCCCUCCACGGCCCCUCUUCCCCCACCUGCACACUACCGAGGGACUGGUGAGGAGCCUGCCCCCUCUUCCCUCUCACUGUCAAUGCAGUAUCCAGAUAACCAGGCAUACAACUAGCUUUGGGGAGAAUCCCCACAUGCUCUGCAAGGCAGAAUUGGGGGCAUAGAGAGAGAGCUGCUGCCCAUGGCCUCCUAGAUGUUUAGGAGGGUGUGGCUUUUAGAUAACUGGCCCUCUCUCCCCCUUCACCUGUUGGCUAAGACUUGAGAAGUGUCUGGCUUCUUCCCCUCCAUCUCCAAGCACUGAGUUUUGGUCCCUCUCUUCAUAUGGCACUGGGGGCUUUCUUGUCCCAGUCAGUCUGGGGCUCUUGUUCUUUUGGAAGUUGCAUUUGGAAAUUGCAUAAAUUGGGCUCCCUUAGGUCAGUUAUCCUUGUCCCAUGAUGCAGCGAACACACAUCUUUGCACACUCACCUUGUCUUCCUGAGAACCAUUUUGCACCCCUCUCUCUCUCACAUGCCCUUUGGUUCAGGCCUAUGCUGCCAAGAGCCCUCCAAGCCAAUAACCAAAGGACCUACUGGAUAGAGCCGCUAAUCUGAAUGAAUUUUCCAUCCCCAACCACUGCUCAAUCCUGCUGUCUGCUCCUUUUGGAAUGUGGUGGGGUUUUUAAAUAUUACUUUGCUUUUAAAGACAAAAAUAUUUGCACAUGUAGGUAUUCUACAACCAGUAAACUCCUCCCUGUUAUUAACCAGCUGCUUUUUCCUAAUCCUUCGCCUCCCCAAGUGUUCUCCCCUCCAACCAAAACCACCUCCCUGUAGCUCCCCUCACCUCGAUUUCCUCACAGCUGAUCAAGUGGACUGUUCCUUUAUUCUAUUAUUCCUUUUUUGUGCUUCCUCUCCCCAUCCCAAUUUUUUGUUCUAAUGAAAAUAAAACUUU